AUUAUUUUUUUUUGUAUAUAUAGACCACCGCCCCUCGUUCUCUCCCGUCGACGCAUGUACUCCGUUACGUUCUGAUACACUUUGACGUCCUAGCCCUUUCCACGUUUGAGCUCGGGUUCAUUCAGAAAUACUGCUCGACAUCACGCCAGUAGUGACCGCGCUCAUCGACGAUUCGGUUCGGUUUUGGUUUGGUGCUGCUGCUGUAAAACUGAUGUGGUAUUAGUGCAGUGCGCCCUUGUCUUGCUCUUGCAAUCUUGACUUCCGGUCUUUCAUAAAUUUUUCUUUUUCCGUCCCACUUUCUCAAUAGUGGAAAGAAGUCAUUCCGUUAAGAUCAAGACGCUUUCGUCACACGUUCAACUCAGAAAAAAGGACCACAAAAAAAAAGGGCAGCUGGCAGACGACGAUACCGCGUAGCAUUCGUGAACAGUAGACGCCGCAUGUGCAAGGAUCUAUAAAAAUAGAUUUGUUACGCCGACUCGUCGUUUCUUCUGUUGCUGGUUUUCCAUUACUUGAAGCGAAAAGAUUAUUUGGAUCGACGCGGUCGACCUACGCUAUCGUGUCGUCGUGAUUCCCGAUGCCUCCGCCAUCGUAACCAAUGUCAUCAAAUAGCCAGAAUCAUAGAGACAGAGGGUGAAGAUGGUAAGUCCACGAGCGCCGCUGUCAAAACUGACGGCUGGCCUCCUCUUCGUCAGCUUCCUCAUUUACCUAGUCAUCAUCAACCGAUUGGAAGUCGGCCAGUCUGGCCGUGUCGCCGAUCCGGCUUCCUUUAGCUCGCGAAUGUUAAUGAACCUCCCAUCAAGCGGCUCGGGUGACAGCAAUAAUUUUCACGACACCAUCUCGAAUUCGGGAGUCAUCACUGCCAUCGACAAUAUGGUCAACCAGAUCGGAGUGGCGGGAUCAGAUCUGACGGAAACGCGCGUCAAAGAUAUCAGCAACGAAAUUGCUAAACAGAUUGCUGAUUACGUCGUUCAGAGGCUCGGAAAAGCGGCCACCAUCAGCAACCCGUGCUCCAGCUGUUGGAAACAUGGCAAUGCCACCGAUUUACCCGUCAUCUACCUAGUUACACCGACUUACAGGAGGCCCGAACAAAUUCCCGAUUUGACACGACUGGCUCAGACACUCCUCAACGUGCCGGCCGUCCACUGGAUUGUGGUCGAAGACAACAGUGCCCUGUCACCGGCCAUAGCUUCCCUUCUUAAGCGUUAUGGAAUACCACACACGCAUCUCAAAGCUCAAAUGCCUGAAAAAUAUAAAAAAUCGAAGCUCAAACCUCGAGGGGUCGCCAACCGGAAUGCGGCGCUCGACUGGGUGCGCAGCAAUUGCAAAUCGGGCGUGGUUUACUUUGCGGACGACGAUAACACGUACGACAUCCGACUCUUCGAAGAGAUGCGGUUCACCAAGAAAGUGUCAAUGUGGCCGGUGGGUCUAGUGACCAAAGUUGGCUUGAGUUCGCCCGUCGUUAACGACAAAGGCGUCGUCGUCGAUUUUUUUGACGGAUGGAUGGCCAAUCGAAAGUUUCCCGUCGAUAUGGCUGGAUUCGCCGUCAGCGUGCAGCUCAUUCUAGAGAAAUCCGAUGUGUACAUGCCUUACGUUCCCGGUCACGAAGAGGAUGGCUUCUUGAAGAAACUCGAUGUCUCACCGGCGGAUAUCGAACCGAAAGCCAAUCGGUGCACUCAAAUUUUCGUUUGGCACACGCAGACCAAAUCCAAUACGCCAGCCAACAGGACAACAGCGACGGGGAAACGGUACAAGGGAACGAAUAUCGACACGCUUCAGGAAUGGAUCGUCUAACACUUGGCGUUUCAGUGUCGGCGCACAGCUAAAUGGCCGCUCGCAUGUUUGUUACAAAGUUACGAGGAAUAAUUGAUUUUAUAUAUACAUAUAUAUUUUUCACAACCCCACAAAGGUGAUCAGAAUUCAGAACAUCAUGACGAAGAGAAAAUGAAGGUUACGAGUGAGAAAAAUGUUGUGCGUGAUAUGCGGUUUGCAGACUCUUUCUGAAUCGCAAUAGCGGACCCCCCCUUCCCACUCCUUUAUCCUAUCAAAUCCGCAGAAGAAGCAAGCCAUUCGUCUUCCCACUGCUCUCUCAUUCUCUCUUUAUCGAUUCGUAUAUACGCUGUCGGCUCUCAUUCACUUAGCCGCAAUUUUUCUCGUUCCGCUGUUUUUCUUUUUCUCUCUCCGUACAUUCACCAUAUUCUAGAUUUCUAGAAGUUUAUCCGCUUGGGUUUCAAUUUUCUACUUUUUUUUCAACAACAAAAAGUUAAUUGAUCCUCUGGUUCCUUAUUGAAUAGCCUUUACAUCUUGUCUUUUUCCGUCUACUUAUGUAGCUCUCCGUCGUGUCCCCACAUUUUUUAAAAAAUAGAUUCCCUUGUCCCGUGCUGACGCAGUACAUUUCUCUCGUCUCUUUUGAUACAUGUCGGGAUAAAAAGUCUCUCGUUCGUCCCUCUUAUUCAGUGUGCCUAUACGUGUACAUAUUUCCCUAUGUGCAGUUAUGACAAUUUUGAGCUUCUUCUUUUUGAUAUGACAGUAUCUUACUUUUAGUCUUCUGUCUUUGCAUGAUACUGAAAUGUAUACAAAGGUGGAACUCGGAAAUUGACAAUUUAAAACAUA